AUUAUGUUUUCUUGUAUUAUAUGAAUUUAAAAAUGCUGUAGCAGUAUAUUCAACAUAAUUUGUUGACAAAUUAAAGUUUGGAUGAACUUAUACGUAGAUGUCAUUAAACGGUGAAUUAAUUUGUUCAUAAACUACUAUGGAAAAUCCUCCAGAAUCAAAGAAAUCUAGUACUCCCAAAAAACCUUUAGAAGAAUUGGACAAGGAAGAGUUAAUAGCAAAAUGUAAAGGUUUUUUUACCUUGGCUCAAAAAGCAAAAUUAGCAAAAUCAGAAUUACAGAAUGAAGUGGACACAUUACAAAAUCAACUUAAAGAUCUCGAGUUAGAAAGUCAAGCAAAGGGUGACAAAAUACACACUUUACAGGAGCUUGUUGAUUCUUUGACAGAGCAAAAAUUAACUUAUAUCACUGAAAUUGACAGUUCACAAAGUAAAUUAAAAGUUCUUAAUGUGAAAUGCCAGUCUUUAGAAGAAGAAAUACAUAAACUUAAAGAUGAACUUUCUAAUAAGGAUAAUACUUAUGUCCAAGUGACCCAGAAGUUGUCGGAAUUCGACAAUGAAAUUGUGUCUCUUAAGAGGCAGAACACUAGGCUCCUAGAUGAAAAUGAACAGCUCAUUAAUCAAAUGACAGAACUGGAAGCAAAAACUGAGGAGUUCAAUAAAAUUGGUUUGCAGCAACAGGAGCAGCUGAAAAUUCUUGAAGAAAAAACAAGAACAGAUGACAACAAAGAAAUUAAUGAAAAAAUUAGACAACUAGAAGAAAUUCAGGAAAUUCAUGCUAAUUGCCUAAACAAAGACGCAAAAUUGGAUGAAAUAACAGAUUUAUAUAAGAAAGAAAAGCAAAAGAAUGAGAAAGCUAAUAAUAAACUUCGAGUUUAUAAAGAUAAGAUAUUAAAGUUUGCUAAUUGCAUAAACCAUCUCAAAGAUACCCGGUCUAUUUUAAAUACAACUCUUAAUGAAUAUUCCGAAAAUAUACCUAGAUGGCAGACUGAAAUAAUGAGAGCUUCUACAUUACUUGAUGAACAAUUAAUGAAUUUAACUACUGAAAAUUCUGCACUGAAAGCAAGAUUAGAAAAUUAUGAAAAAAAUGCUACAGAACCUGAUGUCAAUCAAGCUGCCGAACUUGAGAGACAACUCGGUGAUGAAAUCACUGAAUUAAGAAGUGAGAACCAGAUGCUGAAUAAUCAAAUAAAAGAAAUAUUAGAAGGAAACAAAACAUUGGAAGAGCAAGUAAAAGAAUUUAAAGAACAAUUGUAUAAUGAGUCUGUGGUUAACAAAGAACUUAGACAGUCUGUUGAUGAAUUGAAUAAACAAUUGACAGAUUUACAUUCUAAAGAAAAAAAUGAAGAGAAAUUGAAAUAUCAAAUCAAAUCUUUAGAAAGUGAAAAAGCAAUACUGGUAAAAGAAAAAUUUGUUGCCAAAGAAAGUAUUGCAGAGCUAGAAAACACGAACAAAUCAUUAAAUGAACAAAUUACAGAAUUAAAGUCACAUACCGAGGAAUUAAAGAGAAAAAUAGAGAUUGUCUUACAAGAAAAUGAGAACUUAAAAACCAAGUUAGAGAAAGAUGAAGCUUGUGAUAAAUUAAAAGAAGAAUGCAGUAGUUACAAAGAUAUGUUUGAAAACUUGAAAAAAGAGUAUGACAAUUUACAAGAUUUGAAUGGCCUCCUAAAAGAAGAAGUACAAACACUCAAGUUAUCAUUAGAACAACCCAAAGAUGAAGUAGACGAUUUAUCAGAUUUGAAUGUAUCAUUGCAAGCUGACAUUGUUAAAUUGGAAACUAAAUUAUUAGCAUACAAGCAGGAAAAUGGGUUACUGUUAACUGAAGUUAAAGACUGUCGAGCGAAAAUCAAAGAACUUGAUAAACUAGUCGUUGAAAAUGAAGAAGCUAAGUCAAAACUCAUAAACUAUAAAACAGAAAACGCCGAGCUCCUGAACGAAAUGAAAGAAAUCAAUCAAGUUUUAAAAGAGCGCGGAGAAGCUAUAUCAAAACUACAGAAAGCCGUAUCUGAAAUGGAAAGACUUAUAGAAACUUUAGAAAAGGAUCGAGAUUCAAUUAAGGAUGAAAGAAACGAAUUACUCAAAAUAGUAGAAACGUUAAAGAGUGAUCUUAACAAUGCAGAAAUAAACAAAAGUGAGAAUAAGAAUGCAUAUGAACAAAUAGUGACAGAAAAAGAAAAUGCUAUCAAAAUUUUAAAAGACAAUGAAUCUACAAUAGCAACUUUACAGGAGGAAAUUGAGAAACUGAAGCAACAGAUACCAGCUGGAACAGAACUUCCAAAUGAGGAUAUGUCAACUUCUACAAUUUCCAGAGCCGAAGAACACGCUCGAAUGAAAGAUUUAGACGAAACCUUUGAAGACAAGUACUCAAAACUGAGAUUGUUUGCUCUUAAACUUAAAAAGAAAUUGAAUGAAACAUUGUCGCAAUUGCAAGCUGUAGAACAAGAAAAUAUCAAACUUAAAAAACAACUUGACUCUGCUCCUACAUCGAGUGCCAGUUUAGACGUAACAGAUGGUUUCGCAGUCGCCAAAGAUGAAAAGGCUAAUGAAUUGACACCCAAAAUGAAAUCACUACAAGAAAACAUAGAAACAUUAGAGAAAAGUAACACGAAACUGGAAGAGGAAGUUAAAAAGGUAAAUGAACAAUUAUCAAAAGAAAUUGACUCGCAUAAAUCGACGAAAGAACAAUUAGAAAAGGCAUUGCGGGAUGUUAAAAAGAAGAAUGUGCUAAGUCUUGAAAUGGAAGAUUAUGAGAGAUCUAUGAAGGAGCUCACUACAAAAAUGGAAGACAAUAAGAAAAAAAUUGUGCAGAUGGAAUCGACAAUCGACACUCAAGAGGGAACAAUCACUGCAAUGAAAACUCAAAUAAAGCUUCUUGAGGAGCAAAUAAAAUCCGAAGAAGCACAAAAUAGGCGAACCAAAGAGGAGCUACAUCACGCCUUCGAAGAAAGUAAAGAGAAAGACAACAUUAUCAACGUCAAAAACGACAUUAUAACGAACCUAACUCAAGAACUCGAAGACGAGAAGAGAAAGAAAGAAGAAACGGAUCUAGAUAUGACCGCGCAGCUUGCCGAAAAGGAAAAAGUUAUAAUAACCCACGCAGAGGAAAAGAUCGAACUUAAUAAUAAGAUAAAGAGACUAGAAUUCAGAUGCGCGGAACUAAAUGACAAGCUUCAAGUGUCUAAUAUUGAAUUAGCCGAUUUGAAAACAGACUACGCUAGUUAUAAGGUCAGGGCGCAGGCCGUGCUUCGUCAAAACCAAACCGUGGACCACAGUUAUGAGGAACAACUGAAAGAGGAGGCUGCUGCUCUCAAGACUCAAGUUGAAGCUCUAACACAAAAACUGGCAGCUGUGCAGGAGCAAUGCAGCGUGGCGAGUUCGGAGGCGGAGUCCCAGCGCAAGCGUGCGGGUGAGGCGGAGGCGGAGGCGUCGCGCGCGCAGGCCCGCACCGCGCGACUGCACGCCGACCUCGCGCGACUGUCGCAGCAGAUUGACGCCGACCGUAACCAUCACAAGCUGCAGGUGUCAACAUUGACGCAAUGUUACAAGUCACAAAUCAGUGAGCUCGAAGUGAAACUUCAAAAGGAGACGGAAAGUUUGAAGAAGCAGCUGGCGUUGCUACAAGAGACAGCUAAAGCGCCCAAACCGGAGGAGAGUACCAGUGAAAAGUAUUUACUACCUGUCAUACCCAAGGAGGAGGGAAGUGACACUGAAUUGGAUAUCAACGUCUCUCUCAUUCCGAGAGAAGAGGGAGAGGGCUCCGAAUCAGCGCCGUCGCCUCCACUGUCCAAGUCGUUCCUAUCAGCCGGUAGCAGACGAUCCCCGAUUCCGUUGGAGAGACUCCUAGAAGAAGGGGUGUCAGAGGACGACGGCCUCGACAGGUCGUCUCUAUCGCUCACAGCCGAGCAGGAGAUUGCUGAGUUGAAGAGAAAAGUGCAAGGGCAACAGCAAAAAGUGAAGCACGUGACUGUGCUGCUGGCGGAGUCUGAGCGCGAGUGCGCGCGCAUGGCGCAGCUGGCCGAGCUGCUGAAGUCGGAGCUGCGGCGCGUGCGUGGCGCCGACCUCGCGCCGCACAACACUGAAUACAUGAAGAACGUCACGCUCAAGUUUCUGACUUUACCGCCGGGUGAUGAGAAAUCGCGUCUUAUUCCUGUUCUGCAGAAGAUACUGACACUAUCAAACGAAGAAACACAAAAGAUUCAAGCUGUUGCCAAAGGUCAAGAUCCGAACUCGAGCAAAGGAUGGGGAAGCUAUUUGCCGUGGCCGGGUGGGAAGUGAGCCGGGCCCCGGGGGGGCUUCUGUAGAAAAUAGUCUGUGAUGUAAAGUACAUUCAACUGAUGGUGACGUGACAGUAUAAGCCAUAGGUAGUGUAUAGUUCCAGGCCAGGAAGAGGUUACAACUCGGUCAAAAUAUCUUGAGGCUCGGCUGCAAAUUAGUAUGUUACCAACUCACCACAGACAGGGUUUUUACCGACAAAAGAAUAGACAAAGUGACAGAUUGACGUAGAAAUAUGUAAUUUUGUAAAC